UCCUCUCCCACUCCUGGUAGCCCCAAGGGUGAGGUUCCGUUUCUCUCAUCUUCUCCUCUUUAUCUUUCUUUAAACCUCCAGGGCAAUCACUUCUCUUUCUGUGUACAAAAUCUUGGGGUCUAGGGUUAGGGUUUCGAACAGUGAAUCGAGAAUCAGGUUCUGCCAAUCAUCCAUGGCUUCUUCAAGGAAAGAUAUGGAUCGGAUCAAAGGACCGUGGAGCCCCGAGGAAGAUGACUCGUUGCAGAAGCUUGUCCAGAAGCACGGCCCUAGGAAUUGGUCCCUCAUCAGCAAAUCCAUCCCUGGGAGGUCUGGCAAGUCUUGUCGUCUCCGGUGGUGUAACCAGCUCUCUCCACAGGUGGAGCACAGAGCUUUUACGCCCGAAGAGGAUGAGACGAUCAUCCGGGCGCACGCCAAGUUUGGUAAUAAAUGGGCCACAAUCGCUCGUCUCCUCUCUGGUCGUACCGACAACGCGAUCAAAAACCAUUGGAAUUCGACCCUCAAGCGCAAAUGCUCGUCCAUGGUCGAUGACGCCAGCGACGAUGCCCAAGCACACCAGCCGCUUAAGAGAUCGAAUAGUGCAGGCGCCGCAGUGGCUCCCGUCUCUUCGCUAUAUUUCAACAGCCCCAGCAGUCCCUCUGGAUCCGAUGUGAGUGACUCCAGUCUGCCCGUGAUGUCUUCUUCUCAUGUGUACCGACCUGUACCAAGAACGGGAGGGAUCUUACCGCCAUCUCAGCAUCAGCAGCAGCUAGAAACGUCGUCGUCGACGAACGAUCCGCCUACCUCUCUCUGUCUCUCCCUCCCUGGAGCAGAUUCUUGCGAGGUUUCUAAUCAUGUUUCAGGGGGUUCAGGUGGUUCAAGCCAUGAAACAACCCCUAACCAACUACCCACUCCCGUGGCUGUGCCUACAGCCGUUCCGUUGCAACAGUUUCCGCCACCCCAGCAGCAGCUUAAUCAACAUAUACAGUACAACGAUUUCGGAUCAUCGGAGGUUCCUUAUGCGGAGAAACAUUUUAUCCCUUUCAGUCCUGGGUUCCUUUCUGUGAUGCAAGAAAUGAUCAAAAAGGAAGUUAGGAAUUACAUGUCUGGGCUUGAGCAGAACGAGCUGUGUCUACAAGCUGAAGGGAUUAGGAACGUUGCUGUGAAGCGUAUUGGCAUCAGCAAGAUCGAUUAGAGUUAUUUGCGGCGAGGAGGUGAUUAUCGUAGAAGAGCGAUGGAGAGUUGAUUGAAGAUGGAAGACAGACACAAGUGAGACAAAAUAGCCAGAAGAAGUAGAGUAUGGGAGGAACACUAAA